ACACAGUCUGUAGAUCGCAAGUGGUGGACAUGUUACGUCGAGUGACGUUGCAUUGCACCGAACUGAUCAUAAAAAUAAAAGAAAGAAACCACCUUUUGCUCUCACCAACCACAACACAAACCGCACAUUUUUUUUCCACAGGCAGUGAUAGAGAGAAACACAGAUACAGAGGGGAUAGAGAGAAAUGAUGGCGUUGGCUCUUCGCAGACUCUCAUCUUCCCUUAAGAAGCCCAUCUUCUUCUCUAAUGGCCGCUCGAUGUCUUCUUUGCCAACCUCGGCUAUGGCGGACUCUGAGAGAUCUCGUUCCAGUUGGAUAAAGCAGCUGAAUGCACCUCUGGAAGAAAUCGAUCCCGAAAUAGCAGAUAUCAUCGAACUCGAGAAGGCUAGGCAAUGGAAGGGAUUUGAACUUAUACCGUCGGAGAAUUUCACAUCUGCCUCGGUGAUGGAAGCUGUUGGCUCUGUUAUGACUAACAAGUAUAGUGAAGGCUACCCUGGUGCUAGAUACUAUGGAGGCAAUGAGUACAUUGACAUGGCUGAGUCAUUAUGUCAAAAACGUGCACUAGAAGCUUUUCACUUAGAUCCUUCCAAAUGGGGAGUCAAUGUGCAGUCUUUAUCAGGAUCACCAGCUAACUUCCAAGUUUACACCGCGCUACUUAAACCUCAUGAAAGAAUCAUGGCUCUUGACUUACCUCAUGGUGGACAUCUUUCUCAUGGUUAUCAGACUGAUACGAAGAAAAUAUCUGCUGUAUCCAUCUUCUUUGAGACAAUGCCAUACAGAUUAGAUGAGAGCACUGGUUACAUUGAUUACGAUCAGCUAGAAAAAAGUGCGGUGCUUUUCAGACCCAAACUUAUUGUUGCGGGUGCAAGUGCUUAUGCUCGUUUAUAUGACUAUGCACGUAUCCGUAAGGUCUGUGACAAGCAAAAGGCGGUUAUGCUGGCAGAUAUGGCUCACAUUAGUGGGUUGGUUGCGGCUGGUGUUAUUCCUUCUCCUUUUGAGUAUGCGGAUGUUGUUACGACUACAACUCACAAAUCUCUUCGAGGUCCCAGAGGGGCUAUGAUAUUCUUUAGGAAGGGAUUGAAAGAGGUUAACAAACAAGGGAAAGAGGUCAUGUAUGACUAUGAGGACAGAAUUAACGCAUCUGUUUUUCCUGGACUGCAAGGUGGUCCACAUAAUCACACUAUAACAGGUCUAGCAGUUGCUCUGAAGCAGGUGAAAUCACCAGAGUAUAAGGCUUAUCAGGAUCAAGUUCUCCGCAAUUGCUCAAAGUUUGCUGAGACUUUGCUAUCAAAAGGAUAUGACUUAGUAUCUGGAGGCACUGACAAUCAUUUAGUCUUGGUGAACUUGAAAAAUAAGGGAAUAGAUGGAUCAAGAGUGGAGAAAGUAUUAGAGUCGGUACAUAUUGCAGCAAACAAGAAUACUGUUCCGGGUGAUGUUUCCGCCAUGGUUCCAGGUGGAAUCCGUAUGGGAACACCAGCUCUCACAUCAAGAGGAUUCAUUGAAGAAGAUUUUGCAAAAGUGGCUGAAUACUUUGAUUUAGCCGUCAAGAUAGCCUUAAAGAUCAAGGCAGAGUCUCAAGGAACAAAGCUGAAGGACUUUGUAGCAACGAUGCAAUCAAAUGAGAAGUUACAGUCAGAGAUGGCAAAGCUUCGUGAGAUGGUUGAAGAAUAUGCUAAACAGUUCCCAACGAUUGGGUUCGAGAAAGAGACAAUGCGAUACAAAGAGUAAUUUCAAAGUGAAAAUCGACACACGUUUCCACAAGCAUUCACAAUGGUUCCUAAGAGAUGCACUGAAGUUCUUGAUUGUAAUGAUUUCAUUUGCUACCUCUUUUGAUUUUCUUUUCUUACAUUUACUCUUUACUUUUCAGAUAUUGAGCAAAUGAGAAUAAAAUGGUUUUUAUACUGUUAAU